AAAAAACAGUUUGCAAAGGCUGCAAAAAAAAAACAAGAAACAACAAAAAAUCGUAAACAUUUUUAUGAACAUUUACAGUUACGCUUUGCCAAGUGUGGAGUAAUUUGUAAUUGUUACAAGCUACGCGCAAUAUUUUUUUUGUAUUUUAUUAAUUUACACCUACCAAAAAAAACAAAAAACACGCUUUAAUAAAAUAGUGUGAUGAUGUCGCCAUCAGAUAGCGUGCUGCAACGUUUGCUUGCCAAACAAAACAAUAACAACAACUACGUAACACAAAAUUUAAACUGGCUAACAUAUCUUACGAUGCUGCUGAUGCUCUUCGAUAUGCAGUUCAAGCGUGCGGAAGCGCUUAAAGUGACGCCCAAAAUGAUAUCCAAUCACAAUUACCCAGUCGAAGAACACAUAGUUCAUACACCAGAUGAUUACAUACUAACAGUUUACCGAAUACCCGAUUCGCCAAAGUUGCGUAGCACAGCGAAUUCUACAGCUAUUGCGCGCACCUCCAAACCGGUCGUCUUUCUUCAGCAUGGUAUUCUUUGCGCCUCGGACGAUUGGAUACUCAACGGUCCAGAUACAUCGCUGGCAUAUAUGUUCGCCGAUUCGGGUUAUGAUGUGUGGCUGGGCAAUGCGCGUGGGAAUACCUAUUCACGCCAACACAAAUACAAGCAUCCAGAUUCAUCAGAUUUUUGGAAUUUCAGUUGGCAUGAAAUCGGCAUCUACGAUUUGGCUUCAAUGCUGGAUUAUGUGCUGGCUGUAACGAAUGAAACUGCUGUGCAUUUUGUUGCGCACUCACAAGGUACAACCACAUUCUUCGUUCUCAUGUCCACACUGCCUUGGUACAAUGAGAAGGUGAAGACAGUGCAUCUGCUGGCGCCUAUCGCCUUUAUGCGCUAUCAUUCGUUUAUGCUCUCCAAAUUGGGUGGACUCUUUUUGGGUUAUCCAACCUUCUUGAGUUGGGUGCUAGGCGGUAUGGAGCUACUGCCAAUUACCAGUGUACAGAAGCUUUUGUGUGAAUAUGUGUGCUCGGUGGGGUCUACGUUCCGAUUUUUGUGUUCGGGGAUUUUGGAUUUCAUCGGCGGCUGGGGUACACGGCAUUUGAAUCAUACACUGCUGCCACACGUCUGUGAGACUCAUCCCGCCGGUGCCUCGACCACGCAAAUCAUUCACUACCUCCAGCUAUACAAUUCGGGUGAUUUCCGCCAAUACGAUCAUGGCAUCGAAUUGAAUAAGAAGUAUUAUCAACAAGAAACACCACCAUCAUACAAUGUCCAUCAGAUCUCUAGUUGUGUACAUAUGUAUUAUAGCAACAACGAUUACAUGUCCGCCGUCGAAGAUGUAGAAUAUUUGGCGACACUAUUACCUUGCGCGGAGCUCUAUCGCAUACCCUAUGAAGACUGGAACCACUAUGACUUUUUGUGGUCGAUAAAUGUUAAAGAAGUGAUAAACGAUAGAAUUAUCGAUAAAAUUGCCAGGCAUGAAAUGGAAAAUUUAUGAGAUUUACAUAGUAUAUACAUAUGUAUUUGUUUCCUUGGUUUCAUGAAGCAAACACACGUAGUCAAAUUAUGUGGUAUAUUAAUUUUAAGUGACGAAUGUAAAUAUUUUUUAUUUGUUUUUAACUUUUCUUUUAU